AUGAGUAAAUUUUAAGAAUUCAUUUCAAACAAGUAAAUAACAGAACUUUAAGAAUAGUUAGAAUAAGCUCGCAACAAAAUUAUAAAAUUAGAGGCUUCAUAAUAAAAUUCAGGGCAAACAGAUGAUAUUUAUAUUUUGAGAGAUAGAUUGAUUAAAGUAUAAAAUGAGAACAUUAAAUUAAAAAAUACUCUGAGAUAUAUUGAAUAGAAUUUAUAAUAAUAUAACAAGUUAGAAGCUUUUUAUGAAUAUUUUAAUAUACCAAAUGUGUAAAAUUUAGAUAUAAAAUUGUAAAUGAUUGUAGAUAAAUUCAUCAAUUUACAAUAGGACAUAGAAUUAAAGAAUUAAACUUUGAUAGAAUAAUCUUAGAUUUAGGUUUAGAAUUAAGAAUUAUUAACAAAAGUGACAGUUUUAGAAUAGCAUUUAAGAUUGAAAGAAAGUUAAUUAGAAAAAUUAGAGAAACAAAUUGUAAAUCUAACAAAACUGAUAGAAUAGCUAUAAAUUUAAGCUACUGAAUCUUUUUGGGAUUUAAGAAUAAAAUGUGAUAAUUUAAAAUCAUUAAUUUUGGAAGGAUGGGAAUGUGAUUAAAAAAAUACUUAAGGUAGUGAUCAUCCUCAAAAAAUAGCUGUAAUUAUUUCAGAACAACAUUAAUUAUUAAGUAAAAGAUUUUCAUAGGUUAUAAAUGAUCAUCAUGUUUAUAUGAAAUUGAAAGAAUAAACACUUUAUAUUGUAAAGUAAAUAACUUGUACAUCUAAUCCUAUUUAAUAUAUAAAAAAGUAAAUUGAAGCAUUAGAUGAAUUUUGGCUUAUGUUUAUUUUAGUUAAAAAUUAUCCAAUAAUAAUUUUAGAUGAUAAAAAUUAUAAUAUAAAUAAUGAAGAAUUAUUGAGAAAAGUAUAAUUUAUGAAGUAAUUAUUAAAUUCUGAAUCUCCAAUAUAUUUAAAUUAAGAAGUUGCAUAUGAAAUGAAUAUAGAUUUUUAGAAUAUUCGAUUUGAAAUAGCACAAUUUGCUUAAUAGUCAAUAGGUUGGUUUUUUGAGUAAUCAAAUGAUUUAGUAAUAGUUAGUGAAUAUAAUAAAAGAAUAAAAUUAAGUGGAAGUAGUAAAGUUAAAUAGGCAAGAGAGUGUACUCUUUUACAUUAUAUAACUGAUUAUUAUUAAAUAACAUAAGAUAAUAGAGUUAUGAUUUGUAUUUAGAGUAAUUCUAAAGAGAAUCCUAAAGUACAAAAGUAAUAAUUGAAUAAUGGAAUUAUUGCAAAGAUUAAAAGCAAGAAUAAUUAUAAUAAAGUUUGUUAAAUAAUAAAUAGUUAAAUAACAUCUGAUACAACAAUUUAACAUGAUGAAAAUUACGUUUAUGUAUAUUUAUGA